UCCGAUGCCGGAAGGAGGAGGGAGCGCGAAGCGUUAUGGCGACGACGACGACAACGACGACAGCAGAGCCAGAGAGUGGGGAGGGCGCUCAAGAGAUGAUGGAGGUUGAUAAAAGGAUUGAAUCAGAAGAAUCUGGAGAUGAUGAAGGGAAGAAGCAAGCAGUUUGCAUAGUAACAGACCUCAGUCAACAAAGUCUAAAAGAAGAGCAGAAUGGAGAGAAUUUAACAGGUGAAUCAGAAAUUCCAGUGGAUAUGGAAACUAUUAGCUUGGAUCCAGAGGCUGAGGAUGUUGAUCUGAAUCAUUUCCGAAUUGGCAAAAUAGAAGGGUUUGAGGUGCUCAAGAAAGUGAAGACACUUUGUCUUCGACAGAACUUGAUUAAGUGCAUUGAGAACCUGGAACAGCUGCAAACUCUCAAAGAGUUGGAUCUUUAUGACAAUCAGGUUCGUAAGAUUGAGAACCUGGAAGCUUUGACAGGUGUUGAGAUCUUAGAUAUUUCAUUUAAUAUUUUACGACACAUUGAAGGUUUGGAUCAGCUCACUCAGUUAAAGAAACUCUUCCUGGUCAACAACAAAAUCAGCAAAAUUGAGAACCUAAGCAACUUGCAACAACUGCAAAUGCUAGAGCUAGGAUCGAAUCGAAUUAGGGCAAUUCAGAAUAUUGACAGCCUGACUAACCUGGAUAGCCUAUUUCUGGGGAAAAACAAAAUCACUAAGUUGCAGAACCUGGAUGCAUUGACAAACCUGACAGUGCUUAGCAUACAGAGCAAUCGGUUAACAAAGAUUGAAGGACUACAGAACCUGGUAAACCUGCGAGAGCUUUACCUUAGCCAUAAUGGUAUAGAGGUCAUUGAGGGCCUGGAGAAUAACAAUAAACUUACAAUGCUGGACAUUGCAGCCAAUAGGAUCAAAAAAAUUGAAAAUAUCACUCAUCUAACAGAACUCCAGGAAUUUUGGAUGAAUGAUAAUCUUAUUGAAUGCUGGAGUGACUUAGAUGAGCUGAAAGGAGCCAAGAAGUUGGAAACAGUCUACCUAGAGCGAAACCCUCUCCAGAAAGAUCCGCAGUACCGUCGCAAAAUCAUGCUGGCUCUUCCAUCCGUCCGGCAGAUAGAUGCUACCUUUGUCCGAUUCUGAAUCUUCCCUGGCCUUUUUCCUUUGCCUUUCUUCCUCUCAGAGUGUCACACCUGAGAUUUUUAUUCAUAUACUGUGCCCUCUGUCUUCAGCCUGCUGACACUUACAGAGGAAAUGGCCAACCAGAAGCACUGAUAUCAGACCUUGCAUACAAUGCACACACUAUUGUUGUUUUGGAAUAUUGUUGUUAUUAUUAUUAUUAUUAUUAAAUCCUAACGUGUGAAAUCUCCUGGUCAUAAUGGUGUCUGUCUGAAUUAGGCAAACUAUCAAAUAAUUUGUCUAAUUUUUUUCAGUGCUCUGACAGCCUGCUUAGAACUAAAUAGCCUCUGACAGGGGUUAAUGUAUUGAAAUAUAUUCCUUUCAUUAUGUUUCCUUUCUUAAGGUGAACAUAGAAAACUUAGAAUCAUCCAAUAAACACAGAAGCAAUCAGAACUAUAAAAUAAAUUGCAUUAUAUUGCCUACUGAUAGUUUCACCUAUGUACAUUUUCUCUACCAUAUAAUUGACUUGCUCUUUUCAGUGUACACAUCCUUGUUUCUCACUAUACAAACAUGGAUAUAUUCAAUAUGCCUUUAUUUACUUUGCUGAUCACCUGAUUUGCAAAGCUUUAUGCUUUUGACAUGCUGUUCUAUACCUUGUUUCCGUUCUGCAAAAGUUGAUAGAGCAAGCUUGAUAAUUAACACAAAAUGGAUUUCAAACACUAAUUAUUAAAGGAAGAAGACACAAUCCUUUAAAUGAUUGAUUUGUUCCUAAACCAGUCAAACAAUUACAGGUUGGCUAGAAUGGUGUCAGUGAAAUAUAAAUGUAUUGGGGGGCAACAGUGCCUGUUAGGCAGAAAAACAGUAACUGACUUUUAUAGCCAAGGGUUGAAGACAUGGUUUGUUUUCACAGAGGACCUUUAGGCAUACCAUUGCUUGGGAAAAUGCUGGCAGUAAAGGUGUAUGAUUCUCUCUUAAAAAUUCACGGUAAACAAUUCUGAACAAAACCAGAGCAAAUAGUCAAAUUGUUUGCAUUUCUUUCCAAGUAAGAGGGUGUUGUAUUGAUGAAUACGACAUCUGAGCUUAGGUAAAUGCUUUGAAUGCUUUCUGUAGCAGAAAACCCCUGAUCACUCCAAAUAUAAUCAAGAAUAGUCAAUUGUAUUUCUCUAAAUAUUUGACCUUCCAGUUUCCAUCCCUAACUAGCAUGGCAACAGUAAGUUAGCCAAAUACAUCCAGAAGCCACCAGAUUGCCUGUCAAGGGUAACUGAUGAUAAUAAGGUGGCUUUAAGUGUAAAAAAGUUCAUCUCUAGCCUCUGUACUAAUAUUGCAAAAUGUAUUGAUUGAAAUCUCUGGUCAUCUAGAGAAAUUGUUCUGAAAUCUAUUUUUAUCCCACAUUAAUAUUCAUUGAAGAAUAGAAAUUAAUACCAAUAAAGGAGAAUAUUUGUGGCUCAGGAUUGAAAUGAGGGAUUGUUGGUGUUCUCUGAGCUUGCCUGUUUUCUUCCAAAUGUUUCAUUACCCUAACUAGUAAUAUCAUCAGUGCUAGUAAGGAGUGCUGUUUGCUAUCAGUUUAUAUUCUGGUGGCUUGCCCUGUCAUUGGGGUGGGGGUUUGAUCUUUGGAAAUGUAGAUUUUUCUAAUGUCUACAUUGAGACGCCUAAUUUGAAAAAAAUAUGUGAAAUCUAUAACAGUGUCAUUGAUUUACUGAAUGUAUGCCCAUUUAAAAAUUGUCUUGAAAUAAAGCCUUCUUUGGAGAAUUA